ACAAGCACAAAACUUGUCCCAAAUGAGAAGAACGCACCUGUUUCUUGCAGGGGUCUGCUUGCUGUCCUCCUGCAGGGCAGAGGAGGGCCUGAAUUUCCCCACCUACGAUGGGAAGGACCGUGUGGUCAGUCUCACAGAGAAGAACUUCAAGCAGAUUUUGAAGAAAUAUGACUUGCUCUGCCUCUACUACCAUGAGCCUGUAUCUUCAGAUAAGAUAGCACAAAAACAGUUCCAGCUGAAAGAGAUUGUCCUUGAGCUUGUGGCACAGGUCCUUGAGCAUAAAGAUAUAGGUUUUGUGAUGGUGGAUGCCAAGAAAGAAGCCAAGCUUGCCAAAAAACUGGGUUUUGACGAAGAAGGAAGCCUCUAUAUUCUUAAAGGUGAUCGCAAAAUUGAAUUUGAUGGUGAAUUUGCUGCUGAUGUCUUGGUGGAAUUUCUUUUGGAUCUUAUUGAAGACCCAGUGGAGAUCAUCAAUAAUAAAUUGGAAGUCCAAGCCUUUGAACGCAUUGAAGACCACAUCAAACUCAUUGGCUUCUUCAAGAGUGAAGAUUCAGAAUAUUUCAAGGCUUUUGAAGAGGCAGCUGAACAUUUCCAGCCUUACAUCAAAUUUUUUGCCACCUUCAACAAAGGGGUCGCAAAGAAACUGUCUUUGAAGAUGAAUGAGGUUGAUUUCUACGAGCCAUUCAUGGAUGAGCCCAUCAUCAUCCCCAACAAGCCUUACACAGAGGAGGAGCUGGUGGAGUUUGUGAAGGAGCAUCAAAGACCUACUCUUCGUCGUCUACGCCCAGAAGAUAUGUUUGAAACAUGGGAAGAUGAUUUGAAAGGGAUCCACAUUGUGGCUUUUGCAGAGAAGAGUGAUCCAGAUGGCUAUGAGUUCCUGGAGAUACUGAAACAGGUCGCCCGGGACAAUACUGACAACCCUGAUCUAAGCAUUGUGUGGAUUGACCCAGAUGACUUUCCUCUGCUCAUUGCCUACUGGGAAAAGACUUUCAAGAUUGACCUGUUCAGGCCACAGAUUGGAGUGGUGAAUGUAACAGAUGCUGACAGCAUCUGGAUGGAGAUUCCAGAUGACGACGACCUACCCACAGCUGAAGAGCUGGAAGACUGGAUAGAGGAUGUGCUUUCUGGAAAGAUAAACACUGAGGAUGAUGAUAACGAAGACGAUGAUGAUGAAGAUGAUGAGGAUAACAAUGACGAUGAAGAUGAUGAUAAUUCUGAUGAAGAGGAUGAUGAUGGCAGUGAUGAUGAUGAAUAG